UUCAGAAUAUUCUUAUAUUAUGUGUAACACAACACCAGAAACCUGUCAAUCUGAGUACCCUUACAGGACAUGGCAACUGGUAAAGGCUGAUUGCUAUAUCAUAUCAGGUGGCUGCUCCUGUGUUGCGGAUGAUGGUUCUUGCAAGCACUGCACAGACCUGUCAUUUGCUCUUGCAGCUUUUUGCGACCGCGAUAAGGACAGGCAUACCGAGGUGGGAACCGACGUGAAGUGUGUUUGGGACAAGCCCCGUAAGGAAAGCAAGCCUUGUCGCGUUAAGAAAAUUUGCAUCUCCUACAGGAAAAAUCCACUCAUACCAAACAAAGAGGACUACCAGCCAUAUCAUGCCCUACUCUCACCAGUGACAUUAAUAGAGAAGUCGAAAAAGAACUGUAUACAAUGUGCCAGGGUACGGGUGCUGUUCUUUUACACAAAUUAG